UGGAAUUUUUCCUAAACCAUAGUUAAAUGUGUUUGUAUAAUAGAUAUUCUACAUUUUACAAACAUUUAUAGAAAGACAAAUGAACGGACCUGACAAUUAUGGACAUCAUUUAUGAACCAAAACUAUUACAACUUUACAGUGAAAAUAAAAUUAUGCAGUGAUAUGCUGUAGCUAGCUACUGCAAUAGAACUGUUUAUCAUAAAUGGUAGAUUAUUCUUCCUUACUUAUGUUUAAGAAAUUAUUUUACCUAAAUUUCACGGAAGAGAUGAGUGCAAGAUAGAUGUCAUGCUGGGAGGGUGAACAAGUAAUCAGAAGCACUUAAAUAAGAGAAAGAAAAAAAAAUACCUCACUGACUGUUAUCCAGGUGCCUACACAAAACCCACGCCAUCUUCUGCAAAAAGCAGUCUGUUACACUUAUAUAAAACAAGAGCUACCCUACAGGCUUCUAUAAGUGAAAAGACGAAAUGGAAGGAAAGUAUACCAGAACUGUCCUCAGGGUAAUAACUACUGCAUUAAUCAAUCCUCAAACACACUAACACCAAGAUACUGUGAACGAUGCAGAUACAACUAACAUAAAAUUCCAGACUUUCUUAAGUCUGAACUACAGCUGGACUUGCUAUUUACCAGUUUAAUUCCCUUAUUCAAACCACAAAACUCCCACUUCAGAUUUGACUUCCAACCCUGAAUGCAGUAUUCCCACAUCUUGACACAUGGUACAUACUUCACGGGUGUCUAACAAUCAGAACAUUGUACAUCUAUCAGUCAGAAAUCACUCACCUGUCUUUCCUACUGCCUGUGCAACACAGCAAACAUACACUUACUAUACUACCUGGAUGCUAAAUUUCUUCCUUAAACGUAUGUAAUAUAACUCAUUUAUGUAUUCUAAUACACAUCAUCCACUACCCGCAGGUUUACUGUUUACAGAGAACCUUCUGCACCCUGCUAACCUAGCCAGAAGUCUCAUCAGACUUAUAAUACAGUAUGUGUUGCAGGUACAUUAGUUGUGAAUAACUUGAAACAACUAGGACAAUCUCCUCAAAACUGAAAGAAGAUACUAACCUUUUAAUGCUUUCACAAGUUAAUAAAAGAAUAAUGAAUACUUUCUAAAAUGCAAAGCUUAAAACCCUUAAAACUGAGAUUUUCCAGAAAGACUUUUUUAAGGUACAACAGGCUACAGUUGUUUGUAAAUAUUGUGUGUUGAAAGGCAGAUCCUCAGAACUAACCUAGACAUUUUAAUUAAAGGUACCAGAUGGACUUAAAACUCAGGUUACAACAGCUUUUAUCUCCAGAUAGUAUUCUGCAUUAAAGCAAAAGCAAUCUUGUUUUGACUGCUGUUUUAAUCCAUAAAUGGUGCCUCCAAGAGGCACCAUUUUGCAGAACAGCUGCCUGAGGAGUAAUGUUAGGUGCCCCAUCCUUUCUGACAUUUAUGCUUACACUACGCAACUGUCAGGUAACAACACACCUAAGAAAUAUUUCGCACUGGAAGCAGUAUCAACAGGAUGGGGUCCUUUCCGUUUCUGAAAUUCUACCGGAUCAUUUUUUAUAUUUUUAAGUCCCCCAAAUCACUGCCACUUUGCAGCUCUUCCAUGCUACUUCUGACUGUGCAGGUUAAACAAUUUCUAAAAUCUGCUAAAUUGACAACGUGUAAAAUAUUUCAGCUGGGUUAUCUCUCUUUUGCAGCACCACUAAAGAGUGAGCACAACUAAAGUUGUAGUCUUAAGAAUUUAUCUAUGUAACAACAUUUGAAUUAGAUUCCAAAAGCCAAUUCUUAAAAUUAGUGUUAAAAAAAGCUGAAUUACUAUAAUGCCAAUAUGGUAAGAACACUGAAAAAAAUUAGUUUCUCUAAACGAUUUAAACCAUCACAACGUGAAUUGUUAGAAACAAAAACUCCCUAAAAAUUAACUGAAACACAUUUAAAAGAUUUUGUCUGCUUGUCUGACUCUUGGGGACUUAUGAUGAUCCUUUAACAUGUGGUUUCUUCACACUCCUUUUUCCCCUCAGACUGCUUUAAACAGUCUCCCACCUCCUGAACAUCUAUAAACUUCACUUUCCAAAUACAUUACAUCCCUGGUUUAUUAUUUUGCCUCCUGUCUGAUUUUUUUCAGGAGACAAGGAACUAGGAUCCAGUACCUAAAGGGGGCCUACAAGAAAGCUGGAGAGGGACUUUUUACAAGGGCACGUAGUGACAGAACAAGGGGUCUACUGAGCUUCCUGCAACAACAGUGGUUACAGAAAUGGACGCUUUCACAGCUUCUCAGACAAACAGUUCCACCUGUGACUUAUAUGAGCACAAAGAUACAGCACGGAUACUACUGUCUGUCUUCUACAGCUCCAUCUUAAUUCUUGGGGUGCUUGGAAACGCCAUUGCCCUCACCGUCAUUUUUAAAAACAGAAAGAAGAUCAACUCCACUACCCUCUAUUCAACAAACCUCGUCUUCUCCGAUCUCCUGUUCUGUAUCGCUUUGCCUACAAGGAUAGCCUACUACGCCCUGGGAUUUCACUGGCCAUUUGGAGAAGCAUUAUGUCGAAUAACAGCUCUCUUGUUCUAUAUCAACACCUAUGCAGGUGUAAACUUCAUGACAUGUUUGAGCAUUGACAGGUUUUUCGCUGUUGUCCACCCCUUCCGAUACAAGAUCAGAAGGAUUAAAUAUGCCAAGGGCAUUUGUGUCUUUAUCUGGUUUCUUGUAUUUAGUCAAACUUUCCCAUUACUUAUACAACCCAUGUCACAGGAAGAAAAAGAAAGGACUACAUGUAUGGAAUAUCCAAACUUUGAAAAAAUAGCACAUCUACCAUUUAUACUGCUUGCUGCCUGUUUAGUAGGGUACCUUAUUCCCCUGGGGAUUAUACUAUUUUGUUACUCUCAAAUUAGCUGCAAACUUUUUCAAACAGCCAAGGAAAAUCCACUGACUGAAAAAUCAGGGAUAAACAAAAAAGCCAUCAAUACAAUCAUAUUUGUAAUUAUAGUGUUCAUCAUCUGCUUUACCCCUUAUCAUGUUGCAAUCAUAAAACACAUGAUUAAGAAGCUGCAGAAUGAACCCUCGUGCACCGAAAAGAAAAUUUUCCAGAAGUCACUCCAUUAUACCGUGUUUCUGAUGAAUUUUAACUGCUGCCUAGAUCCUUUCCUCUAUUUCUUUGCAUGCAAAGGAUACAAGAGAACUGUAAUGAAAAUACUGAGGAGACAAGUGAGUGUAUCAAUUUCAAGUGCUGUCAGGUCACAUCACGAAGAAAGCUCACGUGAUGUGGGAGAAACGCAAAUGACGACACUUGCAAAAUCUUCCAAUGGAAAGAUACCUGAAAAAUAAAGUCUGUAGUACACCACAGUGGAGCAAGCUUAAAAAUCCAGGGUCCACAGUAAAAACUCUUAGUGCUCCCUGUACAGCAGCUUCAGUAAGAUUCUGUUUUUCAGGAUGUCAGGAAAUCAAGGAGUGAUGUUGGACUGAAAAAGAAUUGUCACAGGUCAGCAGGAAAACUCAGCAUUAUAAUUUCCUAGCUGUAUCAUUUUGACUGAUCUCAUUAUUUUUUCCAGGAAAUAUGCACCACUGUGAAUGUUCAAAUUCCAUACUGCACAUAUGUAUGCCUGGAUGUUAUUAACUCAAGCAGAGACUUGAUUCACAGUUUGGGUGUCUGAGAAAGGAUUAAACACAAAUAGCUUACAAUUCAGACUGACUACAACCAGAACAUCUGAAAAUUGCAAGACCUCUAGCUGAGCUUCAAUUACAGCAAUGGUUUUGUUAGCCAAGUCACACAAGGAAAAGAAAUCAAACUUUGAGAUAAAACGGACAAUUUCUGUGCACGCUUGACUAUCACUGGUGCUGAGUUUAUAGCCCUUUAGAGGUGAAACUGCAUUUUAUAGUGUUUAGAGCACAAAUGUCUUAUUGGACAAUCCUCGUACAUAACAUUGUCAAAUGUAAUAGAUGAAAAGUUAAUGAACUGUUUGGUCCUCCUCAACACUCGAGUAUCUCCUGUAUGUUAAAUCACUCAUCUUUGCAAGGUGUAUUAUCUCUUUACUCCUUUUCCCAAAGGAGAACUUUUAUUUCUAGUGUGUAUUGUAAUGAGUCUCUACUCUAGUUGUAUAUAAAUUAUUUAUAAACACAAAAAAUAAGUUGAAGCAGGAGACUGUAAUAUGAAAACUGCACUGUUUCAGUUAGAACUGCAGUGAUAUGGGGUUCUUCAGAACUUCUGCUGAAGUCAGACAUGGACACAAGACAAACAUUUUGGAAACAGGAAUAAAUGUUCACAGUUGAAGCCAUCAAAAUGUAAAUUAAUGGGUUAAUUCUGAUGGUGUGAGAUGGCCACCUCUUUUUAAGCGCUGUUUACCUGAGAGAUCAAUAAAAGAGAACAGCAGGAUUGGCUGGGAAAGAACAAGCUUUCCCAUCACGCCUUCAUACAGCGUAACCGGGAUCCCUUUGGGCACACUGAAAUUGGGCCAGGAAAGAGACCAAAUGACUUAAACGCAUCCUGCUGGAAUCGGCUCAAUACCAGUUGAGUAUCCAGGAUGCAAGCCCUGGGUUCCUGCUGUCGUGCCCUUCCGUCAUGUGUCAGUUUCCUUCCCCACUUCAUUCCUGGCCCCCCGUCUUUUCUUUUGUCUUCUAUCUUAUUAAUAUACCUUCAUCUGCCAACACAACUUGGUAAUUGCACCAUGAGGUUGUGAUGGAAAAGGAAAAUUAAAGAGCGCCUGAUAAUUACUGGUAAAAGCUGUGCCAGAUAUCAUAAUAAAUGUUAUUUAUUGCAGCUGUACCUCUCUGGCAUUGAGGUUGUACUUCAAGUCAGACAAAAAUAGUUACAUUUGUCAUCUUUGCAAUUCCUUCCUUCCUCACGUGUUGACUUCCGCCUACCUGCAAACAUGGAAGGGUCAUAUCUGAACAGCAGUAUGGAAACAUUAAAUUAACAAUUACUUUCUUAUGGGAAAGAAAAUGCAAAAGACCCUAUAUUUCAUACCACUUAGAUUGUCAAACUUGAGUUUCUAAUUACAAAAGACACUAUGCAACUAACGAAAAACAGAGAAAGAAAAAUAAUUCUUAACAGAAGUUCUACUUAAUUCUGUACGCUAUAGCAGUUCUGUUCUUGUCAGCUUUUUUAAUAAACUAUUUUAAAAUAUUAUUUAAGAAUUUGUUCCUAUUGGAGUAAGCAAAUGAUGACCUGAAAAAAACACCGACAGACCACUCAUGAAUACCUAGAAACUGUAGAAAUAAAAUGUAUGUAUUACUAACA